AUGUGGCCUUGGACAAUUGGCCAGAAGCACAUGACCUUCUUCAACCUCACUGGAGAGGUGUCGAACGUCCGCGAAGCAGCCGAAUGGCACAACCGCCUCCAACGCUUCGCCCUGGAUACUAGGCUGGGCAUCCCCGUCACCCUCUCUACAGACCCACGACGCGCAUUCACCCUAAACCUGGGAACCGGGGCCCUGGCCGGCGGGUUCUCCCAGUGGCCUGAAUCGCUUGGCCUUGCUGCGCUGCGUGAUCCGAAAUGGACGCGCAAGUUUGCUGAAGCGGUCCGCGAGGAGUACAUGGCCAUUGGAAUCCGCUGUGCUUUGCAUCCUCAAGUCGACCUUGCCACAGAAUACCGCUGGGCUCGCAACUGCAACAGCAUGGGAGAAGAUAACCCUUUCGUUGGCGUUGACGCUGCCGAGAAAAGCGUCGGUCGGGCUGAGCUCAUGCGCUUGGGCCUAGAGGGCUGCUGUGGCCCUAUUGACGAACAAGGAGGAGAUUUUGCCGUUGGCGCCGAAGUACAAGAGAGUUUACACGGAGGGGUUCGAUGGCGCUCUGCUCGAGUCUUACGGCCUCCAAGUGGUUGGGUCACCUUCCGAAGCUGA